GGAGGCGGCCGCGGCGGGCGCGGAUCUUCGGCCGCCGGAGGAGCGCGGGCUGGCCGUGGAGUUUAGCGUACGCGGGCGUUCGGUUCGUCUCGCGGCCAUGAACCUGGAGCCUCUGCGGAAGCGCGUCCGGCAGUAUCUGGAUCAGCAACAGUAUCAAAGUGCUCUUUUUUGGGCAGACAAAGUAGCUUCGCUCUCUCAUGAGGAGCCCCAGGAUGUUUAUUGGUUGGCUCAGUGUCUCUACCUAACAGCGCAAUAUCACAGAGCAGCCCAUGCACUUCGGUCUCGAAAAUUAGACAAAUUGUAUGAAGCUUGUCGUUACCUUGCAGCUAGAUGCCAUUAUGCUGCAAAAGAACACCAGCAGGCUCUUGAUAUUCUUGAUAUGGAGGAACCAAUUAACAAAAGACUUUUUGAGAAAUACUUGAAGGAUGAAAGUGGCUUGAAAGACCCCUCCAAUGACUGGGAAAUGUCACCAUCCUCAAUAAAGAGUUCCAUUUGUCUUCUGCGAGGGAAGAUAUAUGAUGCUCUAGAUAACCGAACCCUAGCUACCUACAGUUAUAAAGAAGCUUUGAAGCUUGAUGUCUACUGUUUUGAAGCAUUUGAUCUUUUAACAUCACACCACAUGUUAACAGCACAAGAAGAAAAAGAACUUCUUGAGUCACUUCCUCUUAGCAAGCUUUGUACUGAAGAACAGGAAUUACUACGAUUUCUAUUUGAGAACAAGCUUAAAAAGUAUAAUAAGCCUAGUGAAACUGUCAUCCCUGAGUCUGUAAAUGGCUUGCAAGAAAAUCUGGAUAUGGUAGUGUCUUUAGCUGAAAGACACUAUUAUAAUUGUGAUUUUAAGAUGUGCUACAAACUUACUUCUGCUGUAAUGGAAAAAGAUCCUUUCCAUGCAAAUUGUUUGCCUGUACAUAUAGGGACCCUUGUGGAAUUGAAUAAGGCAAAUGAACUUUUCUAUCUUUCUCACAAACUGGUGGAUUUAUAUCCUAGUAAUCCUGUGUCUUGGUUUGCAGUGGGAUGUUACUAUCUCAUGGUUGGUCAUAAAAAUGAACAUGCCAGAAGAUAUCUCAGCAAAGCUACUACACUUGAGAAGACCUAUGGGCCUGCCUGGAUAGCCUAUGGACAUUCAUUUGCUGUUGAGAGCGAGCAUGACCAAGCAAUGGCUGCUUACUUCACAGCAGCACAGCUGAUGAAAGGGUGUCAUUUGCCAAUGCUGUAUAUUGGAUUAGAAUAUGGUUUGACCAAUAACUCCAAACUUGCUGAAAGAUUCUUUGGCCAAGCUCUGAGCAUCGCACCAGAAGACCCCUUUGUCAUACAUGAGGUUGGGGUAGUUGCAUUUCAGAACGGCGAAUGGAAAACUGCAGAAAAAUGGUUUCUUGAUGCCUUGGAAAAAAUAAAAGCAAUUGGGAAUGAGGUAACAGUUGACAAAUGGGAACCUUUGUUGAACAAUUUGGGACAUGUCUGCAGAAAACUUAAAAAAUAUGCAGAGGCGUUGGAUUACCACCGGCAAGCAUUGGUAUUAAUUCCUCAAAAUGCAUCCACCUAUUCUGCCAUAGGAUAUAUCCAUAGCCUAAUGGGCAACUUUGAAAAUGCUGUGGACUAUUUCCACACAGCCCUUGGUCUUAGGCGAGAUGAUACCUUUUCUGUUACAAUGCUUGGUCAUUGCAUUGAAAUGUACAUUGGUGAUUCUGAAGCUUAUAUUGGAGCAGACAUUAAAGACAAAUUAAAGUGUUAUGACUUUGAUGUACAUACAAUGAAGACACUGAAAAACAUUAUUUCACCUCCGUGGGAUUUCAGAGAAUUUGAAGUAGAAAAACAGACUACAGAAGAAACAGGACUUGCACCACUGGAAAACUCCAGGAAAACUCCAGAUUCCAGACCUUCCUUGGAAGAAACCUUUGAAAUUGAAAUGAAUGAAAGUGACAUGAUGUUAGAGACAUCUAUGUCAGAUCAUAGCACGUGACCCAGGUACUAGUCCCGGGCUUUCACGUGCUGUGUCAGUUUUUCCUCAUGUCCUUGCCACAUCCCAAGGAUUUCCUGCUUUUUAACGUGAAUCCAAACUAUAUCUCCACAUUUAGGACCAGGGGCCUUGCCUUAAGAGACAGGAUCUACAGCAGGUGUGUUCUGAUUUUUGGUUAUAUGUAGCUGAAUAAAGAGGUAAACUGUCCAUUAUGUCUUUUUCUCUCCUAACCUGUAUCUAUUUUGGAAUAAUUUUGGAUUUAUAGAAAACAUGCCUUGUUUCUCCAUUAAUAUCUUUUGUUAUAGUGAUAAGUUGUUAUGGCUAAGAGAUUGACAUUGGUAUGUUGCUAACAAAACUCCAUUUUUCCCCCAGAUCCUUUUUUUUUUUGUCUCACUUGAUUUUUUUAUUAUACUUUUUUUGGUACUUUUUCUUAUGCUUCCUUGCACAUUUUUAGGUUUUUCUUGAUGGUUACCUUGUAGGGUAUAACACCUUAACCUAAGUCAAUUUAGUUUCAGUAUUGUAAAAACUUUCUGCUGCUAUUCAGAUCCCUGCUAUUCAGAUCCCUGCCUCUACCUUUAACAUGUCAUGAUCAAAGAGGACUUCCUGUGUGUACAUUGUUUGCCCUUAACAAUUAUAAUUGCUGUCUUAUCACUUGCCUUUUAAGUCUUACAGGAAAAUAGUACAGCCGGGCACCAGUGGCUCAUGCCUAUAAUCCUACCUACCCAGGAGGCAGAGAGAUCUGAGG